AUCGCGGGCAUGUCCAUUUUAAAACAACUCCAUAACAUAUGUCUUAAAGAUAGAUGCGUAACAAUGAAACGGGAUUCACAUCAAUGGAGUGACGCAAACAAGAAGACCAUAUAGCCGCUCAUGGCACAAAAGCAUAUUAUCAUAAAUCCUGGGCAUCUUAGCGCACGGAAGCCUUGCAUAUAUUUCAUUUAGACCAGCGGCAAAGAGACCGGCAAGGAGCUAGCUACAAAGAGAACUGUGGAAGAAGCCACAGUCGAUGGUAAUUUAGCAUCCGCUGACAGGCAGCGAUGCACAAGCCCCAUGACGGCUUCACUCAGCUUCAUCGAACUCGUUUCAACGGCAACAGCUCAAAUUAUAGCCAUCAUUCUUUUCGAAGCAGUUCUAAUCAGUGACCCUAUAGAUGGAAUGUUGAUCGCUUCCACCUGAACUACAGCCAAAUGAUGAGGCACCUUCAUGCUGACCUGGCGAAGAACGAUAAUGCUCUUCCAACCUGGACGCACUAAACAGAGCCUUUGGAUAUCGCAUAGGGUAAAUUGGGUGCCAUAGCUCUUGGUGAGGGGUAAGUCUAAAGCUGAAUGCAAGGUUCUACGGAUGGAUGCUCUGUCAAAGACGCCUUUUGGGGCGAGAUACGAGUUCGAUGUAAGUUGAGUAUGCUUCCCAAUCUUCCUUCCUGCUGGGCGUGCCUCGACGAUUCUGCCUUGCUCUCAAAAUGGUGCCUUUCAAAGCAGAUUGCGGGUUUCUUGUGAGGUACGUCAAAAGACUUGUUAUGACAUGCUGAUCACGGUAAAUUUUGUCAUGUGUCGAUUCAAUGUGUUUCAAGGUGCCUCCUUUGUUAUGAUACUAAAGAGGUCUAAAUAUCCUGCCGCUCUUCAGCAAGCCGAUGUGGAUAGGCAGUUCGCAGGCUGGAGGCGGUCGCCUUCUCCUACUGUUCGGGUGCUACUAGCAGACGGCUUUAUGAAGGCUUCGGUCCACAAAUCCGAGCAGUUGUAAACCCACUAUCCGUCAUGGAUUUGAGUGUCACGGAUGCACUUUGCAUAUCCGACGCCUUGCUGUCGUCAGCAUUCCAUGGCUCUAGCAGAUUCUUUGCAGGUCGAAUCACCAUUCUUGACCAACAGCCACACACACAAAAAACCCAUCUUUGUCGACCUAGGUCAACAAACUCUCGCCUAAAUUUGAAAAUUUAGACAAGGCCUAAAGUCAUACUUGUGACUUAAGAGUCCUUACUCGAGAAAGUGGCCACUCCCAUCUCUAAACAGGCUAUCGUCGCCUCCAGGGAAAGCCACUCUUUCUCCUUCAUAGAAACAGACAACACUACGUCUACUUUCCACAUAAGAGAGCAUAUAGUCACAAGAAGAGCACCAUACACCAUGCCUUCAAGGAACGCGUCCGGCCUCCGGCUCACCAGAUCAUACAUCUCCAUCAGCGGGAAUGAGUUGUUGCGAACAAAGUCUCGGAGUGGGAAGAAAAAGAAGUCCAAGAACACGAACGGUAGCGGAUCUUCACGCGAUACUGGAGCCCAGAAUGGCCAGCACAACUCCAGCUCCCACGAGAUGGGCCAGCAUAGUCAACAGGGCCACACCGGCGCUGGAUCUCAGCAAGCCGGCCCACAGGGCCAGCGGGGCCAGGUCUGCACCGAGUCUCAGCAGACCGGCACUGGGGACUCACGAUCGCGCUGAUCUUCCAUCGAGUUCGUCCCUCGCUCUUGAUACCAAGUGAGUACUGCUCUGCCGGGGAAGAUGAUUUGUGCAAGGACGAUCCCUGCGUUCCAAGAGCCUUCGAAGAUGGCAAGGGAAAAAAAAAGUUUUGGGGGACGGGCUGUCAUAAGAAGGCGGGCAACGUUGUCGAAGGGCAAAGAAGAAAACCAAAGGGGAAAAAAUUCAAGCCGAUAAAAGAACAGGACAGAAAAAAAAAGGAAGCUACAAGAUUCAAGAGGGAGAAGUGUAGCGUGGACGAGGGCAGAUCCGUCGAGUCCGAACUAGAGAUCAUGGAAGGGCAGACUCAACUCUGCAUGCUGUACCUAGACGCAAACGGAACAACGAAGGACGAGCGCUUUAAAGUUACGCGCUCAUGUUUGUAAAUCGUUCAACACUUGGGCUAAGGAAAGGUUUUGUUGGCGAACCAAGGGAAGACAGAGAUGUAACCGUCUUUCUAUGAUUGCUAGCUACCC